GGGCAUGAGAGCCCAUUCAUUUGAAUGUACUCCCAUGCCCCAAGUCCCUGCACUUCUUCUGAAAACGCAGCCCACACGGGAACCUCGGUUCCCAGUACAUUUGCAUUUUCCAGUGUGGGUGGCGCGCCAUUAGAACUAAUGGCACCCGCCCGCGGGUCCGCCUUCCUCUGUGCGUGUGGUGCGGUUGCAUGGAUUUUCGUGCGGAUCCACAGCGGCACCAUCCGCACAGAUGUGAACCUAGCCUUAAUAUACAAGCACAUUUGUGAGGUCAGG